AUGUCAGAAAUUGAGGUAACAAGUACUAGUCCAGACUUGGUGUCUCGUAGGAACCUUAGUAACUACCCAUAUAUCAUAGCUUCUGGAGAAAAUCAUCAGCAUAAUGCUAUGGGCAUGAAACUUGGCUCUGAACCCAGCAUCUAUACCAAUGAUCCUGCUGUUACUAAGCAGUUUGUACCACCUCCUCAUCCAGCUCAAAGUAUGGAGAUAGUACCACAGAAGGCAGCUAUAAACAUGGAUGUGUUACCUCAGUGUGUGCCUGACACCACGUUCGGUGAACCUCGAGUGAGCUUACCAUCACUUCCCUCCUUCUCAGCUGUUGGUCCCCCUGGCCUUUCUGGUGUGUCCCAGAAUCUACAACAUCAGAUAGAGAAUAAAGUCUUUGAAAACCCCUCUCCCCUAGAAUCUAACACCCCAGUAACCUUCCUACAAGAUGAUCACAUUAAAAUGAGAACUGAUACUGAUGCAGUACCCAUACAGAGUUCACGAAUAGGGAGUGUCUCAGCACCACAAGGGGGAGGAACCCCCACCUAUGCACAUGCCAUGGGCCCAAUGAUGGUGGCAGCUAUGAAUGGACUUACUUUAUCCCCCCCAGAUAUGCUUCAGUCCAGACAAGAUGGAGUGAACUCCCCAAGGGAUACAAAAAUUCAGAUGCUGGAAAGCAAGCUUGGAGAGGGGGAGGUUUUCUUAGAGUUUGAACAGAUCAUCAAAAAGAAACCUACAACACAGAUCCUUACUGCUUUACUCCCAGAAAAUAUUAGCAGGAACCGAUUCAAAGAUGUCCUUCCUUACGAGGAAAACAGGGUUCGUUUGACACCUAAUAAAGAGAAUAAGACUGGAUACAUCAAUGCCUCUCAUAUAACUGUGAGUAUAGGUGGAGUCCAGAGAUUCUAUAUUGCUGCUCAGGCCCCACUCUCAAACACGGUCCACAGUUUCUGGCAGAUGAUUUGGGAACAUCGUGUUAGCAUAGUUGUCAUGGUCACUGGAAUCCAGGUAUCACUUCUUCCUUCUUUUUUUUUUUUUUCAGUGAGUGGAGGAGAAU